UUCAAAUACAGUCCCCCUCACUUCUUAACUCUCUCUCUCUCUCUCUCUCUCUCUCCGUCUCACUAAAACUAUAACAAGCUAUACCCAUCUCUUUAAAUCCAACCCACCAGAUGGAUACCCAGAUCACCGGAAACCCUGCAACUCUCCGGCGGAAGCCACUCCAACCUAGAAACACUCCGGCGAAUCCAGUCAUAGAGCUCCCAUCGAAGCCAACUUCAUCGAACGAAAUCCCAUCCUUUAAGCUAAAGACAGCAGUGCUCGGCAGCAAAGAGAACACUGAAAUCACCACCGCAUUACCAUUACCAGCAAUGGCGUCCGGUGAUUUCCUUCCACCCGCAGAUGCGUUAUCUUUGGCAGAGGAACUUGGAGCAGCGCGGCGGCUGAAAGAGAGACUGAGAUUGGAGAGGGAGAAGACAGAGACAAUACUGAGAGAUAAAGACCUAGUUCUUGAGAAAGAAGCGAGAGAAGCUGAAAGGAGAGAGCUUGAACACAUAGAGCUUGAGGUGAAGCUCCAAAGCCUCCUCCAUCUCUUCGAGCUCAGAUCUCUACUGAGAUUCGAUACGAUUAGUUCACUGAGACAACAAGAGGAAGAUAAAAGAAAGGAGGAUCUUUUAAUGGGGCAAAGCCGUGCCUCUCCGGCGAGAUGCGAAGCAGAAGAUGCAGAGUCCUCUGCAGCUAAUGAAAAAGGGCUUCUUUCUCCUAUUACAGUUUCUCACUGAGUAGUCUCUUACAGGUUCAGAGAUUGCCAUAAAUGAAGGAGGCUGAAGCAGAGUUUAUAAAAAUUUGAACUUUAUAAUUUUUUUGGGUUUCAUGAUUAAUGAGUUUUGGUCAUGUUUACUUAUCAAAUUGGAAUGAAGGAGACUUAUUAGAACAUCAUCUGUAAUUGGCAUAAGU